ACUUUUCUCUUUUCUCUGCCUCAAUGAAUGUCUGCAUCAAGUCCAAAGCUUGGAGUGAUUUACCUGAAGAGUGAUAUCAUUCAGAAACCACUGAAGAAACCCAAGACAACUGAAAAACCGAAGUCUGAGGAGAAUGAGAUUACGCAGAAGGGUGCCUUCAUUGCCAAGUCAGGCCUUCCCUGCCUGAACUUUGAAGCUGUCUCAUCUCUGAGCCCAAAUCUCAUCCAUUCAUCCCAUUCACUAAGAAACCUGCACAUAUACACAGGGUCACCUGAUUGUAACAAUAGUUGCAAGGGGAUGACAGAGCGCAUUCACAGCAUCAACCUCCACAACUUCAGCAAUUCUGUGCUCGAGACCCUCAACGAGCAACGCAACCGUGGCCACUUCUGUGAUGUGACAGUCCGCAUUCACGGGAGCAUGCUGCGCGCCCACCGUUGUGUGUUGGCGGCUGGCAGCCCCUUCUUCCAAGAUAAGCUGUUACUGGGCUACAGUGACAUUGAAAUUCCUUCUGUGGUGUCAGUCCAGUCAGUACAAAAGCUCAUUGACUUCAUGUACAGUGGAGUACUGCGGGUCUCACAAUCAGAGGCCCUGCAAAUCCUCACAGCAGCCAGUAUCCUGCAGAUAAAAACUGUGAUUGAUGAAUGCACACGGAUUGUCUCACAGAAUGUGGGUGACAUCUACCCACUGAUUCAGGAUUCUGCACAGGAGACACCCCGAGGAACUCCUGAAUCAGCCACUUCAGGGCAGAGCAGUGAUACCGAGUCUGGUUAUCUGCAAAGUCAUUCACAGCACAGCGUGGACAGGAUCUACUCAGCUUUGUACGCAUGUUCUAUGCAGAAUGGCAGUGGUGAGCGUUCAUUCUACAGCGGAGCAGUGGUCAGCCACCAUGAAACAGCACUAGGACUUUCUAGAGACCAUCAUAUGGAAGAUCCAAGCUGGAUUACAAGGAUCCAUGAACGCUCACAGCAGAUGGAGCGGUAUCUUUCCACCACUCCAGAAACCACACACUGCCGGAAGCAACCACGUCCAGUUCGGAUCCAAACCUUAGUGGGCAAUAUUCACAUCAAGCAAGAGAUGGAGGAUGAUUAUGACUACUAUGGACAGCAGAGAGUGCAAAUUCUAGAGCGCAAUGAGUCUGAAGAAUGCACUGAGGAUACUGAUCAAGCAGAAGGCGCUGAAAGUGAGCCCAAGGGGGAAAGCUUUGAUUCUGGAGUCAGUUCCUCUAUUGGCACUGAACCUGAUUCUGUGGAGCAGCAAUUUAUGACUGGCCUCGGUCGAGAAGGUCAACAAGAGCCUACCCAACCAGAACAAAAUGAUGUUUCUGCUGAAACCAUUCAGCAGCAGCACAUAGAUACCAACUCUUCUUCACCAGAAAGAGGAAAUGAUGUUGAAAGGGACAGCGCACUAAUAACUGUUUGUAACAGUACUGAAAAGGGGACUUUACAGCCUAUCACUACAACUGUUGCCCAAUCAUUGCCAAGUACACAGCUCUACUUACGCCAGACAGAAACCCUCACCAGCAACCUGAGGAUGCCAUUGACCCUGACCAGCAACACACAGGUCAUUGGCACAGCUGGCAAUACCUAUUUGCCUGCACUCUUUACUACACAGUCUGCUGGCAGUGGUCCUAAGCCUUUCCUUUUCAGCCUUCCCCAGCCCUUAGGCCAACAGACACAAUUUGUAACAGUGUCCCAGCCUGGGCUUUCAACUUUUACUGCCCAACUGCCAGCCCCACAACCCCUGGCUCCGUCUGCAGGCCACAGCACAGCAGGUGGGCAGGGUGAAAAAAAGCCUUACGAGUGUACCCUCUGCAACAAGACUUUCACCGCCAAACAGAAUUAUGUCAAGCACAUGUUUGUACAUACAGGUGAGAAGCCCCACCAAUGCAGCAUUUGUUGGCGAUCCUUCUCCCUAAAGGAUUACCUAAUCAAACACAUGGUGACUCACACUGGUGUCAGAGCGUACCAAUGCAGUAUCUGUAAUAAGCGUUUUACACAGAAGAGUUCCCUAAAUGUGCAUAUGCGGCUCCACCGUGGGGAGAAAUCCUAUGAAUGCUACAUUUGCAAGAAAAAGUUUUCACACAAGACCCUGCUUGAAAGACAUGUGGCUCUACAUAGUGCCACAAAUGGAACAUCUAGCACAACAAGCACUGGUGCAAGGGCACUUCCAGCUGGAGUGAUGGCCUGCACAGAGGGAACCACCUAUGUUUGCUCUGUCUGCCCAGCUAAGUUUGACCAAAUUGAGCACUUCAAUGACCACAUGAGGCUGCAUGUUUCCGAUGGGUAAAUAAUAUCUAUUCUGUUAUGAACAACAACAAAGCCCAAACAGAGAAACAACAAGAAGCUAUGGCACUAGAUUUUUUUUUCAUUUUUCAUUUUUAGUUUGUUUAUUUUCAUUUUUGUACUACAUGAUGAACUGUUUUUUGCCUGCUGGUACAUUACAUUUCUGGAAGCUGGAUGAAUAGUAAUUAUCUCAGCCUUCCUUUGAUGGUGGCCUUAAGGCCAGAUAGUGCUUCAGGAGAUCUACUGGUUGGAUCUCUAGCUACUGGCCUCUAAAUACAACCCUUCUUUACUACAAAAAAAAAAAAAACCUUAAAAAAAUUGUCACUUGUGAAGAGCACUACAAAAAAACAACAAAGAGAAAUAUGUUAUGAAAUCUACAAGGCCUACUGUCGUAAGUACACCGCUUGCAGUGUUUCAAUGGACAGAUUCACAAUUCUGACCGCUUUGGACUUCACAGUAUCCAGUUAAAACUGUGGAAUAGAAACAUAAAAUUGAUCAACAACACAGAAAAUGGGCCCUAUUGGUUUCCACCAUUAGUCUUGCUAUCAUAAAAGGGCUGUGGAGAAUGGCAAGGGAGUUUGGGUUGGAUGGUGUGGAGUCCCUGCAGGAUGGGGAAGGAGAAUAAUAGAUUCCUCUUGUGGAUUCGGUUCCAUUCCACACAUUCAGAUUCAUAACCCCAACUUCUUUCUCCCCCACUAACACCAAUACCAUAUUUCAUCAGACUUUAGGAACAAUAAGUAAGAAUUAGGUGAACAAAAGUAACUUUUCUGCAAUUUACACAUUGUCUUUGCUGAGCAUAGGGCAAACUUGGCCAAUCUGGCACCCUCCAGGUCUGCUAGCACUGCAACUCCCAGAUUUCUAGAUGGGAACUGCAAAUACAACAAAUCUGGAAGUGCAAGACUAAGGAGGGAUGACACAGAGCCUCAGCCAAAUAGUGGGACUUUUGCAAAUGUCAAAGAGUAAUAGCAAAAGGAAAAGAUCAAGAGUUUUUUUCACCUACCAUUCUAGGUAUAAGGAAAGGAUUACUUCCUAAAAUCUUUGGGGAUAAAAUAAAAAAGGCUGCAUCGAGCCCUAUCCAUGCGAAGAGAAGUAAAGUAAUAGACGAGUGGAAAAAACUAAAAAGAGUUCUCAAGAUUUUUUUUUAAUUCAGUUUUUUUAGGGGGACAGAAGU